AUCACGGCCGGACAGUAGAUGUUGAGAAGUCGGCAGAACAACCAAGUGUGUCCUCGAAUACCUCGAAUCAGCCUCCGUCGCAGAUAACUUUUGAUGGCCCAGAUGACCCGGAAAAUCCUCAUAACUGGGGAAUAUGGAAAAAGGCCUAUACAAUGUCAAUUCCCGGUCUCAUGGGCCUUGCAGUGACGUUUGGUUCGUCUGUAUACUCGCCUAGUGAUGCAGAGGUUGCAGAAAGGUUUCAAGUCAGCAAUACCGUGGCAUUGCUGCCCAUUACACUAUACACAUAUGGUCUCGCUUGUGGUCCAGUGAUUGCUGCUCCUCUCAGCGAGACCUACGGUCGGCGGUUCAUCUAUAUAUUCUGCAUGCCUAUUUCUCUUAUGUUUACUUUGGGAGCUGGCUUCUCCCAGAACUUGGCCUCUCUGCUGAUCUGCAGGCUACUUGCCGGUAUACUAGGGUCACCUCCAUUGGCAGUAGGAGCAGGGACAAAUCUCGACAUUUGGGCACCGAUGCAUCGCGCAAGAGCGGUAUCCUUGUUUCUAGUAGCCCCAUUCCUGGGACCAGCUCUUGGACCCGCAGUCGGCGGUUACGUAGCCGAAUUCAAAGGCUGGAGAUGGACGCAAUGGACUACUAUAUUUCUCGGGGCGGCCGUCUGGAUAUACUCACUGGGGGCAAAAGAAACGUACGCAAAGAUUAUCCUGGCUAAACGGUUGAAGAAACUGGGUAAACCGCUGCCGCGCAGUCCUAUACCAGAGGGUCUACCUGCGAUCAAAUUCCUUCUGACCGUCACUCUGGCGAGACCGAUCCAUAUGAUUCUGACCGAGCCAAUUGUGGGACUGUAUUCUUUGUACGUCGGCUUCAAUUUCUCUGUCCUCUUCUGCUUCUUCGCCGCAUUCCCUCUGGUCUUCCGUGGUCUGUAUAAAUUUUCAGUGGGCGAAGCAGGAUUAGUGUUUCUUGGUUUAUCGGCGGGAUGCGCGGCGGCUGCCGCAAUUUUUCUAAUUAUCGACGACUUCGCGUACAUUAGACGCGCCUUGCGAAAUCGUGCUGCUGGCGGUGAUGGUACUAUUGCCCCAGAGAAUCGCUUAUAUGGUGCGAUGCUGGGAAGUGUCCUUUUGACAGUCGGGCUCUUCUGGUUUGCCUGGACUGCCCGCGCCGAUAUUCACUGGAUCAGCUGCGUCAUAGCGACUGUCUUCUUUGCAUGUGGAAAUCUACUGACCUUUACCUCAUGUGCGCUAUACCUGACAGACGUGUAUGGACCGCUGAACGGCGCAUCCGCGAUGGCUGCGAAUGGAAUCGUGCGGUACAUGCUGGGCGGUUCCUUCCCGCUAUUUACGGUGCAGAUGUACGAGAAGCUGGGGAUCGAUUGGGCCACCAGCCUUUUGGCCUUCGUCUCUCUCGCACUCCUUCCUGUUCCGUGGCUAUUCUUCAAGUACGGAAGUCUGAUUCGAAAGAAGAGCGGCUACGAUGUGGCCUAUCCUUGAAUGAACAAAAGUCAGCAUAUUUCGUGGCUAUGCAUUGCAUAUGAACUCACUUUGAAGAAUUCAUUUCCCGCUACCAGCUCAUCUUGUCCCUGCAUGACGCCAAGUCAGAUUUACCUGACACCCGUGAUGACGUCCUACGAGUGCCCUCCUCCAACAUCGUUAUCUGGCGUGUGUUUGCUGUACUCCGUAAUCAUAAAUCAUA